AAACAGCUGUGAAAUUUCCUUUGCCUUGGUCGCAGCGGCGGUUUCCGCCGGUUUUUCCUGUCGCCAUGUCGAGCUGCUUCAGCUGUUUCUCGGGCAUGACCCGGUCGCAGACCUCCAAGGACAAACCGUGAAAGGUGAAGCUUCACUACUUCAAUGUCUUUGCCAAGGGCCCUGCGAUCGCUCUGGCGCUCCACCAUGGGAACUUGGACUGGGAAGGCGAAUUUCCCAGUGCCUGGAAGGACAUGAUGCUUGGCCCCGCUCGGAGAGCUGCCGGUCUUGGAAGUCCCCGGACAAGGCCCCAUCGGCCAGGAGGCGGCGAUCCUCCACUACUUGGCCCUCAAAGAGCCCCUCUUGGCCGGCGCGGAUGACGAGGGAACGGAACCUUGCUUCCUAGGAUCUUGGGCGCGGCCGAAGACAUUUACCAGACGCUUUGGCGUCGGGGCAGGCUUGCCGUUUUUGCACAGGACAGGGAUUGCCAGGUUCACCAAGGACAGGGUCGUUUUUUUUACCCAGACACUCAUGGAUCAUAUGGAGUGGACUCCCUUUAUACAUGGAGCAAUGGGACUGUUUGGAGGGUCACGAGUCGUCCGACGUACGGAGCAUGUGACCUUUGGAGCGGUGAUGUCGGGGCGUGCCCAUGGCUCAUCGAUGUUCAUCGUUGCCGGAGGGUCGAGCCAUCUGAGUUUCAGAGAACCUGAGAAAUCAAGACAAGGGCUGCCAAGGGCUGUGAGUAGCACGUGAGGUCAGUUGACUGUGGAGGAGUCCUGCUGGUCAGUCAUUCCUGCACCAUCAGAAUCCACCCAGAGAUUGGGAAUUGGCCAGCUACCAAUGUGUGGAAGUCCCACAUGUCAUGCACGGCGCUUCUCCAUCCUUGAUGUCCCUUCACCAUUCGUGUCCAGUCACCUCUAGUCGCACUUGGUCACAUGUAAACAUGUCCUGGUGUCAUGCGACAUGUUCUGUUAAAGUGAUGUUGGAUGCCACAAAGUGGAGAAUGUUCUUUUCCGCCAUGUGACGAUGAGGGACAUGUUGAACCAAUACUCAGCCCAAACAGGCAAACACAUGCUCAAGGGUUUCGGACCCUGAGCUUCUGCAUACGAAGGGAGAGUCAUUUCGGGUAGACAGUUAGCUUGACUGGCUACUGCAUGAGUCAUCCCAUGGGACGAGAGCCAUCGCUUCCAUUCGUCCAUUUGGACUCCGGAAUGGUGGCACAGCCACCAACGGUGACAUGGCGAAUGGUGCCGAAGAGGAUGUUUGACAAGCAGAGUGUUAGCCAUUUCCUCUUCAGUUGCAAGGAUCAUUGAUCUAUCUUCGCUUUUUUCGCUUCAACUCUUGGAUGAUGUCCACCGUUGGGCGCCAUAUAUUAGCUGCUCAGCCGCUCCGCAGGGGGUCCGUAGUCAUGACCCGGCCAGUUCCACAGUUGAAAACACUGAGGAAGCUGAGCAAAUAUCAAAACACCAUUGGCGUGGUGGACAAGUGUAGCCUUGAACAGCUCUCCGCAUUCUGGGACUCGGCAGAUGAGUCCAAGCAUGCCCGAGAGCGGGGGCUGAAUGCACAUCUGGCGUUCCUGGAGAAGUUUUACAUGAAGGCGGCGCAGCGCUUGGGGAACGCGGGGAAGUUCACGAAGAAGGGCAUCAGCAUCGGUGAGUGCAAGUUGUUCACCGUCCUCCACUGCCUGGUUGCUCCAUUCAAGUAUAGGAGCGAUCGGACGCUACGAACGGAGCAAAGGGCAUCGCUACGAACGGAGCGAUCGGACGCUACGGUGAUGAUCAAGCCGACGGUGCUGGAGCACUUUCAAGGUCUCAGUACUUUUUACAAUCGCUUCAAGUCCCUGGAGAAGACCCAGGACAUUCUGCAGAACGGCGGGCGCUUCCCUGGGCCGUUCAAGCAGUACUUCAUCGCUUAGACAGUGUGGCAUGAAACGCAUGAAACCUUGCUUUUUGGCUUUAGACCAAUGUGAUACACC